AGUACGAGAUUCAAUCAAUAUGACAACGAAAGUAGUCUCUGUUUGGCUUGGUUUCAUUGUCUCGGCCUUCUUCACAACUUCUUGGGGGCUCUUGCUCAAUUCUGAUGAGGGAUUUGAAAAAGCUUGCAAACAGUCUGGAGGAGACUAUACACAAAGAGCAGGAAAUGAUUCAAACACCGGUGAUAUCUGCCUCAUGAAGUUCUCAGUGGUGACAAGUGAUGAGCAGGAUGCUCGCGACUUCUGUGAGCUCAAUGCUCCGUGGCGGCUUAGAGAAGCGAGGAGAGAAACACAAGACAGUAUUCCGGUGGUUAUCUGUGACGUUGAAGCUACAUACACUUGCAAUGCCGGAUGGAUUCAAAUGUACGGGUAUUGCUUCAAGAUGAGUGAGAUGCAUGAUGUCUACACACAUGAAGAAGCUGAGAAGUACUGUAAAGAGCAAGCUGGGCCAAGUUUUCACGGAGAAAUUGCCAGUAUUCACCAAAGAUACAUCUUGACGCCUUGGAAAAACUACUUCCGAACAAUCAAACAAUUCUGGGUUCAAGCCCCUGAGACGUGGAAUGAAUAUGUAGUCAAGACCAAUAAAGUUGAUGGUGAUUAUCUUGCUCUGGCCUUCUUCGGUGACCACUUUGAAUUCUCAGUCCCAGUAAAUUCGUUGAUCAAGAUUAAUGGAAAUGUGAAGUUGCAAGCUCUCUGCCAGUAUAAGCCUGCAAUUACUCCUGCCGAGAUUAACUAUAUGGGCCGUAGAUAUUCGGAAAUCUACUAUCCAACAGUGCCGGUCAAGGAUGGGAUUAUUGUUAGAUCGGCUUCUUCGUACACCAGAAGUAGUAACCAAUUGGAUGUUUGCAAGAAAGUGUUGAAGCCUUACAUGUACACGAAGGAAUCGCAUUUCUUCCCAGACCCGGAUAGCAUGGAACAGCUCGCUAAACUUGAACCAGAGACGUAUUCACUUAUGCGUUCUCCACUAGUCUCGGAGAUUGAUCAGAGUUACAGAAACAGACACAAUUGCCAAACCCCAGGGGCUCACUAUGAGGUUGUGCUAGGUGGCAAGAAAACGGCAAACUUUGUGGUAGAACACGAUAAGAUCAAAGGCAAACCUACAUGUGACAAUAUGAUGAGCGCAUCCAUCUCUCACUUCAAAGGACAGGCUCCAGAGUUUCAUCCGAUGGUUGACAGUCAGUCACUUCCGAUUUGGUGCAAAUUGGGAAAAGUUGUGAAGUACAAGUUUGAUGUUCCACCGGGAUGGCUUGACUUCCGUCGACUCAAUGGACAAGUGGUCCUGCAUUGGCUCUCGGAAGAAAAACUAAAGUUUACAGACGCAGCCAAAGCAUGUGAGGCGAAAGGAGCACACUUGGCUGGUAUUAAUUCGCUGAAAGAAGCAGAACAGUUAGGAAAUCAUGUUGUCGGAGCUAAGUUGAACAACGAGCAGUUCUGGCUUGGAGCGCAACGUAAGACCGAAUGCUUGGAAAAUAACGACUGGAAAGCUCCUUGCACACGUGGCAAAAUCUUCGAAUGGAACAAUAACGUGGCGACGGAUUUCCGUGAAGAGUGGUGGAAGAAAAAUAACAAUAACCAUUCUCCAAAUCCAUCAGGCACUGGUCAACGAUGCUUGUCUUUUGCCUUUGGGGAUCUGUAUUGGUCAGAGAAAGGAGAUAAAGGAUUUUUGGAUGACAUUGAGUGCCACAACGAGCUGAGAUACUUCUGCAGCAAAAUGGCCACGUUUACGGAGUGUGAGGAAAAUUGUGACUAGUGACGAAGAUUGAGUACUAUUGCUUUUAUGAUUGUGUAUGAAAAGAAAUUUUGAUUUU